CUCGCUACCAACAUAUCGAAUAACUUUAAACAUUGAACGGCUUUGACAUUCCAACUACUUUAAGAUCAACAAAAGCAAGAAUCAUGGGCAGACUCGACAGCAAGAACGCGAUUGUGACGGGGGCGGGUGGUGGUGUUGGUCUUGAGACUGUCAUUUUGAUGCUUCGUGAAGGCGCCUCAGUGCUUAUGACGGACAUUUCCACUCCUGCUUUAGAGAAAGCUAUCGCAAAGGCAAGGGAAGUUGUACCAGAUCACAAAGGCAGAGUGGAGACCAAAGUGGUCGACGUCAGCAAAGAGGCCGAUGUUGAGGCUGCUGUUACCCACCUCGACAGCUGGGGAGGAGUCGAUAUUAUGUUCAACAAUGCUGGUAUCAUGCAUCCCAAAGAUGGUGAUGCAGAAGAGUGCCCGGAUAAUAUUUGGGAUUUGACCAUGAACAUAAAUGUUAAAGGUGUCUGGUAUGGCUCAAAACAUGCGGUUCGCAGUCUAAGACGCCAUGGAAAGAAGAAGGGCAGCAUCAUCAAUACUGCCAGCAUGGUCGCACUAGUAGGAGCAGCCACUCCUCAACUUGCAUACACAGCUAGCAAGGGUGCCGUCCUUGCUUUGACCCGAGAGCUGGCUAUUGUGCAUGCCCGUGAAGGAUACCGCUUCAACUCUUUAUGCCCAGCACCGCUCAAUACUCCGAUGCUUCAGGACUUUUUGGGCGAUGAUAAAGAGAAACGGUUCAGGCGCGAGGUUCACUUCCCCACUGGUCGAUUCGGCGAGGCUAUCGAACAAGCGCAGGCCGUGAUUUUCUUGGCGAGUGAUGAAAGUAGCUUUGUCAACGCAACAGACUUUGUUGUUGAUGGAGGGUUGACCAAGGCGUAUGUGACUCCAGAGGGACCUGCAACUGAGGCUCCCAAAAAUCUGGGAAGGUAGAUCUACUGUAGCGAUCAUGCAAAUGAAAACCACAUUUCAGCCUCUUGCAUCGCAUCGCAUAUUGUCCAAGGACUCCGUGCUAGAUUAGGAUGACACCACAUGUACUCUAACAAUGUCAAGGUUUUGUCGAUGUUGCCAAGUCCGACCACUCCAGACAUGAUCUGUA